AUACAUUAUCUGUAUCUAUCUAUACACACACAUACACACACUAAAAAGCUGUUUCUUUCUGCCUUACAUGAAAUUCAAGACUGCAUGUUUCUAUGCUGUAGAAGGGCUUUUUACUUGGGUUCAUAUGUUUUCUUGCUGUUAGCUUGUAAUGAAUUGAUACUCUCUUGAAACCAACAAGGUGAACAAUCCAGAAAUGUUUGAUCACUGGGAGGCCCAAAUGAUAAGAGGGGGAUUCUUGAUUUUUUCUUACAUUCUCUCGAGUUAUGAUAUUAGCAUUCAACAUAACUUGGAAGUUGGAGCACAGAAAUUUCUGGUAGCGAGCUUUGUGGGUCACAUGUAGUGCUUGUUUUGAUGUAUGAUAAUCAGUCACGGAGAUGAGUUUUCUCCUAAUUGACCUGCAACUUUGAGUUCUUGGAUAUGUUGUGCUUCAUACAAUCAUUGUCAAGUUGUAGCUUUCGCUGUCAGUUCUGCUUGGCGUAAUUCUUAAAAAGCUCCUUUUAGGGUAGCUUGUUGCAGCAAGAUGAGUACGACCCCAGGACCGCUGUGUCGAAAGUUUGUUCCAGUUGAGCAGAGUGAAGUUACUUCAAUUAGUAAACCUGCUAGCUUCAAAUUUCGGCUUGUAUCUUAUAAUAUUUUGGCUCAGGCAUACGUGAAAAGUACUUACUUUCCACACUCACCAGCACCUUGUCUCAAGUGGAAAGCUCGGUCUCAAGCCAUUUUAACCAUUCUUAAGAGCCUCGAGGCGGAUUUCCUUUGUCUACAGGAAGUGGAUGAGUAUGAUACCUUCUAUAAGAAGAAUAUGGAGAACCUUGGCUAUGCCAGCAUCUACAUCCAAAGAAGUGGGAGAAAACGUGAUGGAUGUGGGAUCUUUUAUAAUCAAAACAGUGCAGAGUUGGUCAUAGAAGAGGAAAUAGACUACAACGAUCUGGUGGACACAGUUGAAGACGGAACAACCUCACCCAAAGAAAAAUACGGCGUGCUAGUUAGUGGAAAUAAAGAGGAACCAAAAGCUGGUUCAAAGCUGAAAGAUAGUCAAGCUGAUCGUGGAGAUCCAAAUGAUCCUCGUGUGAGAUUGAAGCGUGACUGUGUAGGAAUCAUGGCUGCCUUUAGACUUCAGAAUCCUUCCUCUCAUCAUGUUAUUAUCGCUAACACUCAUCUUUAUUGGGAUCCAGAGUGGGCUGACGUGAAAAUUGCACAGGCUAAAUACUUGCUUUCACGCCUUGCUGCAUUCAAAGACCUAGUAUCGGACAAAUUUGAUUGCUCGCCUCCAAUAAUUCUGGCUGGCGACUUCAAUUCAGUCCCUGGAGAUCAGGUGUAUCAGUACCUAGUCUCAGGCACCAACUCGAUGGGGCCAGAGAUGGCAGACGAUCUGCCAAUGCCACUGUCAAGUGUGUACGCAUUCACAAGAGGAGAACCGGAGUUCACAAACUGCACUCCUGGUUUUACGGGUACACUCGACUAUAUCUUCUUUUCGCCUUCAGGAGAUUUAAAACCAGUAAGCUAUCUUGAGCUUCCGGAAGCAGAAUCCUCCGAUGUAAUUGGUGGGUUGCCGAACUAUUUUCAUCCGAGCGACCACCUUCCCAUCGGGGCUGAGUUUGAACUUGAGGCAUAGACUUCUCUUGACGAGGCCGUAUAACGACCCAAUCUUCUAUUUCAAGUUGGCGUUGUCUCUCGUAUUGCAUUUCAUAUAUACAAGUCACGUGGCACUUGUAUAUUUAAAGAAAUAUUUUAUACGCGUGACAUGUAUAUGUAAAA